AAUAUCCACGCAAUCACCUCUCCCUUUCUCUCUCUCUGACGCACAAAAUCACCAUCUCUUCUUCUCUCUCUGUGUCUGCGCUCACUGCCUUUCAUGGCCUCCAUUUCACCUCCGACUCCGCACAAGCUCACUUUCCCCAGCCACAAUCUGCUCUCCUUCAGACGCCCUUUCUGUUCUCCCUCUCGGAUUCCGGAUUCUUCCUUCUGCCGCUGCGCCGGUUCGUCUUCUUCUUCUUCCUCCUCUGACAAUUCAGCUCCGAUUCAGUGGCGCUGGGACUCUGCGAUUCAGGAUGUCCUCAAGACUGCCGUUAAACGCUUUGAUUCCUAUGUGAAUCUCUACAGGAAAGACGCUAGAACCAUGGAUGAUCAAAACGGCGGCGUUCCUUUCGCUGGAAACAAUGAGAUGGAAGAGGAGGAUUGGAAUUGGGAUCGGUGGAAGAAGCAUUUCGAACAAGUUGAUGAGCAAGAACGCUUACUCUCUGUUUUAAAGUCGCAGUUGGGUCGGGCUGUGUAUAGAGAAGAUUUUGAAGAUGCUGGUAGGCUGAAGGUGGGAAUUGCAGCUGCGGCUACAAAUGACACUGUUGGGACGGUGAUGUCGCAUUUGAAUGUGGAUAAUGCUGGUACUGGAUUGGUUGGAUGGUGGGCUGGUGUUUCAGAGGAUAUUAAGGAUCCUUAUGGUCUAAUUAUACGAAUAACUGCAGAGCAUGGGAGAUAUGUAGCAAGGAGGUACAGUCCAAGGCAGCUUGCUAUGACUGCAGCAGGGGUUCCCUUGUUUGAGAUCUUUCUCACAGUGAAUGAGAAAGGUGAAUACAAACAACAGGCUGUUUACUUGAAAAGGAGGAGUUCUAUUCCAGAUUCUUCAGCAGUUUCCUCCACGGCAUCUGGAGCCACUAGCCGCCAAAGUCCACCAGGUUCUAAUGAGGACAAAGGUGAUCUUCUUAUUGUAAGUGCUGAAGAUGCUGAAGAUGGUGAUGAUACAGAUGAUGGAACUGAUUUGACUGAGGGACUACUUGGCUUUCAGAAUGUAUUGCGAGAUCUGAUUCCUGGUGUAAAGGUUACAGUUUUGAAAGUGACAGCACCUGGAAAAGUAGACAGAGAUUUUAUAUCUAAGGUGGUUGAGCAAAUAAUGGAGGAAGAAGAUGAAGAUAAAGAUGAUGAGAUAGAAAGUUUGAAAGUGGAAGAUGAAGUGAAGGAUGAAAGUGACCAAGAGAGAGAUGAGAUUCAAAUGGAUUCUGGUAGUGAAACUGUUGAUAACAGUGGGAAAAGUGAAAUGGCUGUCAAAGUUGUUGUUGGUGGCCUUGUGCAAAAGCUCUCUGGCAGUAUGCCUGCUACAGAUAGGGUACCUGCUAAGUUGGAGAAAAGUGGACGUUUUUCAUUCUCCUUUUCCAUAGAGAAAGACAUCAACCAGCAGGAUUCCAAGGAACAAGCUUCCAGAAUAAAGGCUAAGCUUCACGGCCAACGUGGCAUAGAAAAUGUGAUAUCUGAUUUUGCUAAGCACAUUGGUGGAGAGAAGAUACCUUUGAAGGUACUGAGAGAUGUUGGAGAAUUAAUAAAUCUCACCCUCAGCCAGUCUCAAAAUCGUCAACCACUAUCUGGGUCUAUGACUUUUCAUCGCAUUGAAAUUUCAUCGUCCCCAGAUCCUCUAAAUGGCUUAUAUAUUGGUGCACAAGGGCUUUAUGCCUCAGAAGUCAUUAAUCUGAAACGAAAAUUUGGUCAGUGGCAAGAAGAUGGUGGAACAAAGGAGACUUCAGAUCUAGAGUUUUAUGAAUAUGUUGAAGCGGUGAAGUUGACUGGUGAUCCUUAUGUACCUGCUGGCCAGGUGGCAUUUCGUGCAAAGAUUGGACAAAGAUAUCAACUUCCACACAAAGGGAUCAUUCCUGAAGAAUUUGGAGUGAUUGCUCGAUAUAAAGGGCAAGGGAGGCUUGCCGAGCCAGGGUUUCGAAAUCCAAGAUGGGUUGAUGGUGAACUUGUUAUUCUUGAUGGAAAGUACAUCAAAGGAGGGCCUCUUGUUGGAUUCAUAUAUUGGGCCCCUGAAUAUCAUUUCUUGGUGUUCUUCAAUCGACUAAGGCUUCAACCAUAGAUUUCAAUGUACAUAAUAUUUAGUUUGUUUUUUUGAUCAGACAACACAACGACACAACCAUUAGACAUAGACGCUUGUUCCUUGGUAGUAGAGCAAUGGAGAACUAAAGAGACCAUAGGCUUCCUGUUGACUGUCACUGGACUAAUCACUACAAAGUAAGCAUAAUAACCAGAGGAAGUAAUCUGAAGCUUACAGAUUUAGAAGAAGUUGGGUUCUCCAUUGCUUGAGUUUUUGUAAAGUCCUUCCCAUUAAUGUUUGUGUUAUUUUUUAUACAUUCAAUCAAGUUCUCACCACUAAGCCUAUCUAAAUUAUCUUAGCAAUUCUAGCUUAAGCCAGGAUAGUUUUCACAUUUCUAACUAGUUCAAGUUCAUAGAGGGAGUUAGGAAUUAGGUAAUUGAAUGCCUGAACUAAUGGUCAGAAUAUUCAAGGCUUGUGGAUGGCCUUCUUUUGUGAUCCAUUUGCUGGAUGAUCUUAAUUUCUUUUUCAUCAUUUUAUUUCUGCUGUCCUCUUUUGUUAAUUGUUAAUAUGACUAUAUAAUUGUGAGGAAUGGUUUGGCAUGCAAUCUCUGCUCUGCUAAUAAAUCAUCAUGAGUGGCCACAUUUGGAGAUUGAAAUGGGAAAAAUACCAACUCUAUGCACCUACUGCUCGAUUUCCAGACAUUAAGUUUUUCAAGAGAAAAUGCAACACUGACUUGUCACGUCCAGGAAAUAGGUAUGUCCUGCAGUUCUGUAAUUGGAAAUGUAUUUUCAGAAUUUAGAUUUGUUCCACUUGUGAUCAGAUUGAAAGUCUUCUACUGAAAAGAUGUUAUGCAUUCUUCUCCCUCAGUAAUGAAACAGAGAAAAAGAGGAAGUUGAGAAUUUUCAAGGUUUUAAGUUAUGCUCUUCACCGUGUUUUGUUGGUCUUUUUUAUUGGAAGUUUUCCAAAAUGGCCUGAUCUAGUAUGUCGAAUUAAACUGAAAGCUUUUACCUAUAUGUGUUCUCCACCACUGAACAAAGAUAUUCUAUAGGG